GCCAAGGUCCUGGCUGUAACGCUUUAAGGAUGUGUUAGGACACCAUUAGUCGCUGGUGACAGUUGAACCCGUAAAAGAGACAAGUUGUGCAGCAAAUCAUAGAGAAAAUUUAAGAAAAUGAAGCACCAACAAGUUGUGGUCGACUACUGGACCAUGUUAAAGACAUCUGGUCUGUGCCUAUUACUAGCCCUCUGCGGAUUUGUACUUCUUAAAAUGGUGCAGACCAUUUUCUGGCUGCCAGGACAUCUUAAAAAGAACCAGCUGCGUCUCGAAGAACUGGCCAAACACUAUGCCAAGGACAUCAGCGCAGAAGAACGGGCCGAAAUAGAAAAGCUCUUCAACGCCAACGAGCCACUGACAGAUGAGCGUCUUAACCAAUUUCUAAACAAGCCAGAGGAAGUCGAGCCCAAAAAAGACCAGUGAUUAAUUAAAAAAUCAGAGAUUUUUGUCAUAUUUAUAUGUAUAUUGAGUGUAUAAUCGAUAAUUCUUGAUACAGGUUCUAGUUCUUAUAUGCAUAUUGUAUGUAACUCGCAAAACAAUCAAUCAGUUAACCAAUCCAUCAAUAA